AUGACCUACUGCACUCUCUUGAUACUUGUGGCCACUGCUGUGUUUUCCUGCGCAGCGCCUAAAGAAGAAACUAAAUGUUGGCCGGGUUCGCGGUUUCCACGGAAUUGGAUCUAUCCGUUCGCAUUGGCGAUCAAGCAUAGAUGCAAUCUGCCAGUCAAGUUGCAAUAUCACUGCUACAUGCAAAAUGACGCCGACAGAUAUGCAAAAAUGAUGAAAAAGGCUGAUUACCUUGAACUCAAUAUGUGGGCUAUUGUGCACAACUUCGAACCCAAAACACAGAACCUCGACUAUCUCGUUACACGAACCGUCAAAAUAUGGGCGGGGUGGAAAGAUCGUGAACUCUGCAAGGCAAUAAAUGCGAGUAAUUUGACACAUUUUGGAUGCUCGCAGCACUGGUACAGAUAUGGGACUAUACUCUCUCCCUUGGUCAAGCAAUACAAAUAUUUCCUUGUUUGUGCGUUUAGUAAUCUGUUUCCUGUCUCACAAUAUAUUGACUUUGGUGAAACACCAAAAGUCAUGAUUUUUGACAAGACAAGCUCAAAACUUUUUCCUGAGCGGUAA